ACCAGAAAUGAUAGGGUAUUUCGAACAUUCUUCGCAUUACUCCUGAGUGAAGCAGUCGGUACACCUUCGCAAUGAACGUUAUUCUUCUCUGCCUUCUCGGUCUAACAGUAGUGGUACGAUAUGCUCAAGUGGUUGCCGUGACUCGAGCAAAUUUUUCUUCAUCAAAUCUUCGCAUUGUGGAUGGACGUUACCAUAACGAGGGGCGAGUUGAGGUCCGCCUAACUGGCCAGAAGUGGUGGGGGUCAUACUGCACCACCAAUGACCAUGGCCUCCUGCAUGGUGCAGGACGCGCACUUUGCCGUCAGCUCGGGUUUCCCGCCUUGUUUGGGGCCAGCAACACCGCGCAGUUUGGGCGGACCACUGGUCCAAUAUGGCUACAGGAAAUAGAUUGUGGAACAACCCUCAGACCCCUGGACGAAUGCAGUUUGGAUCCUUGGAUUCCAGAAUAUUAUGGCUGCUAUCAUAUUCAUGAUGUUGGGAUCAGGUGCUUCACUGGUAAGGUUCGCUUGGUCGGCGGAAGGCACGAGAAUGCUGGAAAAGUAGAGCUACAGAUUGGAGAUGACGAGUGGGUUUCCCUGGCAUACAACAAUGUGAAAAACCACGAGCUAGCGUCUGACCUGGUCUGCAGACACCUGGGCUACCCAUCUGCGGUCGGAUCAACUCCGGAAAAGGCCGACAAUGGCACUGGGAGCUUCAUAUGUACACUUGUGGCGUGCGAUUGGGCGUCAUCGGGCAAAAGGGGCGCCCUCUUCGAUUGUAUCGAUGAAAACCCAUUGACGAUGUGCCAAAACCAAGAAAGGCAGUCCACAAUCCUAUUUGGAGUAGUCUGCGCCACGGAGAAUGAAAUACUACCGCCUAGUGCAACACCAGAAUUUCGGCUCAAUCCUCGGGGCGUCGGUUUGAGUGGAUCGUGGCAUCUUGGAUUUCUUGAGGGCCGCUACAAUGGCUCCGACUGGAGAACUAUCUGCGUUCACCGACCCGAAGCAUGUCUGCCAAAUUCCUUCAGGGAUCUCGCCAACCCAGCCUGCCGAGACAUUGGCUAUCCCCCGGCCGAACACUGGAAGGAGAUACGGUACUCACAGUCUAACUUCAAUGGCACCGGGAAUGAUCUUGUGCUGAGAUACACGUACGUGAAAGAAAAGCACGGCAAUGAGCAGCGAUGGUUGUAUGGACAGAAAGCUUGUCAAGACAACGAUUUUUUUGUAGUCUUCGUGGAAUGCGAUACAGGUGUCACAAUGUAUGGGUUAACAGUGUACCCCUGUCGAUCACAGUCUUGCCAAGGACGCUGCGGAAGCCCUGCGAGUGAGAGGCAAUGUGGCUGCGAUGCGUUGUGUGUGCAGUGUGAGGACUGCUGCUACGAUUACCUUAUAUUGUGUCCUUCGGAUCAAUCAACUUUUCCGAGAGAACUCUGGCUGGUUGUGUCGUCACGUGAACUUUUGUCUUGUGUCAUGGUUGAGGACAAACGUGCAGUGACCACACGCGGAUGUCCUACGGAGUGGUUGGAUAAGGACGAGACUGAACCGUGUCAGAAUGACUCCAGAUUGGUGCAGGUUGCAUAUAGCGACGCAACGUUUGUUCAUGAUACGUACUGCGUGUUGUGUUUUCACAACGACUCCGUAAUCAUUACGACAGAGCUUGCAGGACAGGAAUAUAGCUCUUCCUAUCACUUUAUCAUUACCGAAUACGACGCACAUGAAGAAGGGCUUGACUCUAUCUAUACAAGCUAUGAUGUUGGGAUUGACAACUGUAGUGCUCUUAACGUCAGUGCGACGAUCAGGUCUGGUUGUCGCGCGUAUUCAGCUCCCGUCGUUGCACCAGAUGGGUUGGUUUAUAAGAAUCCACACUGUGCAUACUGUAACGGGUUGGAUCUUUUUGCCGUGGACUACAGCCGCUGUUCACUGGUAUUAAACGCUUGUGAGGAUCCCAUCGUUCUAAAUGAUAAUAUCCAUGCUUACCUUGGCAGACAACUUUAUAUUUUCACUCCACAGAAAUCUACUGACUUCGUGUUACUGGGAGAUGUUUAUUGCUUCGACAAGCAGUAUGCGUUACUCGUCCAAUCAUCCACCACAGACCCUCCUGAGACGGAUCAGAAGACAACACAGCCCAAACCAUCAGGACUGAUGAUGUGUUACCUUCUUACGCUCAGCCAGCAAAAUGUGCAGUCAACCUGGCCGUUUUAUUUAGCUGCCAUCGAAGGAAGAGAGAUUUCUGGCUUGGAAGGGAAUGCAUCAGGAGUUACAACGCCGUAUCUUGGUAAUGUUACUGACUUCGAGGCCUUGCUCGAUGGUAGUGCAUCAAACGAGGCAGGCAGUGCAAGGGAAUGGGUCGUGAGGUGCGGUAUCCGCAGAGCGGACUUUGUCGAAACCUGCGGGUUGAUCGAUGGUCCCUUCGAGCCCUGUAAAGAAUCUUUGUACACGACCAAAGCCGAGAUUUUGAAAGCCUUUAAUUUCAGUGGAAUCCAGGUCGUUUAUGUCGGUGGGGGGCUUCUAAUUGAAGCAAAACUGGUUUCUUUCAGUCGCUUUUACCGUUAUCAACCGAAGUUUUCGAAUAUGCCUACUUCUGCUAAAGACACCGGUAUAGAAGUGUGCGGUGAGCCUUACGUCAACGAGGAGUGCCGAACUCCUAUGGCUCAAUCGACGAGGUUGGUGACCAUGGGAGGUGCACCAGCGGUAGAAUACAAGAGAAAAGUGUUCUUCAAAGACAAUGUCGUGUAUUUGCCUGACGAUCGGAUCCUUAUCUGUGACAUUAUUUUCGUAAAGGAAGACCCGCUAGAAAAGUUGAGUUGCGUGGCUUACAGCUUAUCGACAGCAGCCCUCUUUGCAACGUUCAUCACUUAUUGUGCUUUCCCCGUCCUAAGGAAUGUUCCAGGUCGUGCCAUCAUGAGCCUGAGUGCUGCAAUGACAGUGGCUCAGUUGAUGACUCUCAUAUUUUCCGGAAAAACGGAACCCAAAGCUUUCUGCGUCACCGUGGCCCCAGUGAUGCAUCUCCUGUGGCUGUCCACCUUCACCUGGACCAAUGUCCUCGCUUUUGACCUUGUAAGGACCUUCUCAUCCAAGCAGGCCAGCCGCCCCAGCAUGUGCAGCUUUUUAGUGUACAGUGCGUACGGAUGGGGCGUCCCUCUUCUGAUUGUCGCGGUGUGUCUCGCUGUCCACUUCGCCGGCGGUGAAGAGCUUGAUUUCCGAUAUGGUAUGGGUCCUGGGGAGGACUCCUGCUGGCUGUCUGGAAAGUAUGCCAUUGUUGUAGCCUUUGUUGCUCCAAUCGCAUGCUGCCUGGUGGCUAACAUCAUCAUGUUCGCCUGGACGGUGCGUAGUGUGCAUGCAUCGCUGGUGGCAGCUGCUCUGGUUCAUACUGGUCAAUCCAAGGCCAAAGAGAAGAUCAGAGAAUUUGGGAUCUAUCUCAAAAUUUCUGGCGUCAUGGGGUUCACGUGGAUCUUCGGUUGCCUUGCCAACCGCAUCAACCAUGAGGUCCUCUGGUACCUCUUCGUCAUCCUCAACUCUCUGCAGGGGGCUUUGAUCUUUUUCUUUUUUGGCUGCAACCACCGCAUCCGGGACCUCUGGAGGGAGAAACUUGGCUUGAAGUCGCGAAGCGGGACCCCGUCGGACCCCCAAACCAAGAAUACUCGUACAAAUGUGCGGGUGAUGCGUUCAAAGCAAAGCUCCUCAAAUGUGUAAAAUGGGUGAAUUGGUUGGUUCCUGUUGAGGUGCCGCAGGCAUCAUUUGCUCUAUUUUAGCAGAGGCAAAAAUCACUCGCACUAAGGGCGAGGUUGAAGCAUAGCGUAAAUAGUUCUGGGUUGCUUUCCACACUAACAUGAGUACGCCCUCCCAUGUUUCGGAUGCUUGCGUCCACUCCAGGUGGUUUUUUAUGUUUAAUCCACCGGAAAAAAUACUAUUUUGAUAAUAACGAAAAUGACUCAUUGGAUUAAUUGGUUUUGGUUGAUUGAUUAUUGUUCCUGUUCCUUUAUUAUUGAACUUUUCCAAAUCAAGUUUGGUAAGCUUGUGUUCUCUGUAUAGGUUUUCCAGGUCAGUUUCGGCAAAAGAGCAGCCAAUUAAGUUUUCAUGCGUUGGAAUUACAACCGUUUUUUCCACUCAAGUUUUUACUGUUGCUCAAAUUUAUAUUUCAGGUACUCAAUUUUGAUUUCAGUUAUUUGGAUUCCUCUUAGAAGUUUUUCUUGUUCAAUUUAGGACAUCCUCGUUCUUUUCCGUGACGCACAAUCGUCAUUCAAUUAGCAAAGCUGAUUCGACUGGACGUUUUUGCUGAUUUCCUUAUUUUCGAUUUCGAACUUCCUAACAAUCAACAUGUAUUCGUUAGCACAGAAAAAAAAUUGAAAAAAUGAAGAAAAAAAAUGGUUUUCAAUAAGCUAUUUGAUGUAAGGUAGGGUGGGUGUCAAGUAUACCAAUUAAAAAUGUAAAAGACGUAUCUUGAA